AUGCUUAAAUAUGGAAGAAGUAUUAUCCGUGUGCUCUUUCAAGACUGCCACACACGGCUGCGUAAAUACUGUCAGGGAAAUAACCAAGAGGAGACCAGAUGCUGUCAUUUCGUGGGCGAAGGCAGCCCAAAACUGCUUCAGCAGAGAGUGGCUGAACGAGCCCGCGAAAAGAAAGCGAUACGCGAAGCAGCACAGGAGAACAAAUUUCGCGAACUGCAUAAUCCAACGUCAUCCAUAAAAGGCAUACUGGUAAACAACCUAUCGUUGAAAAAGCUGAAGGAGGAGCAAAUACAGGUUUUAAAGCACGAAGCCUCAUCCAACACGGCUGAUGCCAAACCUGCUAACAUGAGUGCAGCUGUGGAGUUGGUGAUUAAUCAGGCGGAGGCGACAGAGUAG